UUUAUGGAAUUGUGCAUAUAGAGUGCAAACUCCUGUGUUAUUAUGUGUGGUACUUAUUGACAUUUUGUCUUUGGAAUAUUACUGGCCGCAUACUCUAUUGCCAUUGGUAACCAUUGUGUCAACAAAAAAGGUAACAAUACGAAUGGCGGCACGUUGCAAUUUCAAAGUUCUUUGAAGAAUUUAUCAUAAAAUCCGUGAUAUUAUUGCCAAAAUAGUGUGGUAAAGUUUAUAUAAUGGGUAAUUGUUGGGGAAUAUUCCGGCGGCGUCGUUUACGCCGUCAUAUAGUGUUAAUUUUGAUUGGAUUAGACAACGCGGGCAAGACUAAAACAGUGAAUAAUUUAGCCGGAGAAAAUGAUGAUAAAGUUUUGCCUACAGUUGGUUUUAAGGCAGUAAAUCUAAUUCAUAAGGAUACGCCUGUAACAAUAUAUGAUUUGGGCGGCGGGCCGCAGUUUAGACAGAUUUGGUCUCAAUAUUACAGUGAGGUACAUGGUAUAAUAUUUGUAAUCGACUCGAGCGAUUAUAACAGAUUGGAAGAAUGUAAAGUCGUAUUAGAAGAGGUUCUAUCACACGACAAAAUAUCGGGUAAACCAGUGUUAGUUCUGGCUAAUAAACAAGACAAAACAGGAGCUCUUGAUGAUAUAGAUGUUGUAGAGAAACUAAAUAUAGAACCUCUAGUUAACAGAUACAGAUGCCCUACACUAGUUGAAUCUUACACAGCCGAAGCGUCAUAUACCAAUUCAAAAAAGCCCAAAAUCGAUCCAGGCCUUCGGAAAGGCUACCAGUGGCUCCUUAAUUAUAUAGUCAGUCGUUAUGGCGACAUCAACCUGCGCGUGCAAACAGAUAUACAUGCCGAAUUGGAACGUAGACGGCGCAUGUUCACAAAGUCAUCUAGAGGCUCUCAGACGUUUACUGCUCACAGCGAUGACAUAGCCACACAAACUGGAUUUGAGAAUCCCAAUUUUUCACUGCCAAAAGAUAAUGGAUUGAUUGUAGUUAAGCCUGUGAAAGGUUCGAGUGACUCAACAAUAACAGUGGAAAGUAUGGAUGACUCUGAUAGCGUAAUGAAACCAAAACUGUCGCCUCUAUUCGGUCGAGCGAAUACGUCUACUACGGAAACUGUGAAAAUCGAAUUGGAGCCAAGAAACGAGUUCAGGAAAUUGUCGCCGAUCAUCAAGAGGAGUGCCGGGGCUGGGGUUAAUCAUAUUGAUUUUAAGAAUCGACCGCAAUCGAGUCCCACUAAUAAGAGUAAGACGCUGUCUUCAAUGGACUCAUCCAUACAAGAGGAUAAGGCGAAUGUAAUGUUUUCUGAUAGGAAUCAAACUUACGACGCUUUUAAUAAGCACCGUGUGUUGAUAAACGACGCUGCACUCUCGCAGAUGCAUCGGGAAAUCGUGUUGACUGAAAGAGACCACACAAAGACGGCAUCAUCGGACAUAAUCCCGGGGACUUCCAGCCUCCCUUUGAGCGCUCGGCCAGCUUCCGCCUCUCAACUGGUGAGGAGACAACUCGAGAUCUGCUCACAGCAUCGCCGUCGGCUCAGCUUGAGAUAUAUGCAGCGUAAUAAGACAAGUCCUGUACGCACUUCGAUGCUUCUCUAUGAACCGGGAAAACAGAAACAACUCGACAAAGGAGAUUUUGAACAUGCCGCUACCAUUUCUUAAUAGAUACCCUCUUUCGACUUUUCAAUUGUCAAUUCAAGAACAUAGUUAUUGUUUAAGAUGUUGAUUUAUAAUUUAAGAGAGAAAUUUAUGUUCCUUUAUAUGCUAAGAAAGUUAAUAUAUCGUUUACCUUUAAACUGGAAAAUGUUUUGGCUAAUAACUUGAAUUAUAUUUGAUGUUUAAUUUGUCGAGUAGGCGAAAACGAUCGUAUAUAUAGUUAACCUUGCUAAACGGUUAUAUGGAAGUCUUUGGUUGGAACAGUUAUAUUACAAAACUUUAUAUCAUUAGAUUUUUGUAUGGAAAUAACAUCGUUACCAUGGUAACCAAGUACAAGACGCGCCGGUCGAGUUUAAAAUAUUCGAUAGUUGGUCAAUGAUAUUUUCACCAAAUUAUGAACCGUUAAAAUGUAACAGUUAAUUCCUGAAAUAUUAUCAGCGUCAAAUAGUUAUAUAAUUUGUCACAUUUUUGAACUGUCUCAACUUAUGUGUUUAGCUGUUUGAUUAUAUACGUUGAAGAUUGAUUAAAUAAAAAAAAUGUAUGGAAUUGAGGGACCACUUUUAGGAAUUUUUUUUAGUUCAUAGAUUUUACGGAGCAUUUUUUUUUUCGAAAAUUGUUAAAGUUAUAAAGCUGUGAAUUUUAUUUUUAGUUGUAGGGUAAGUUUUUUAUUAAAAUUUUCUUGAUAAUGGAACGGGACAAUUCAAAAAUAUUCACCUUCCUGUCAGAUUGAAAUAGUUUUUUUUAAUAUAAAGCACCAUGUUGCAAUUGUAGUUUCUUUGCUAUAAAUGAUUACAGGGUAUAUAAGAAUUAGUAUUCGAUGAUUAUAAGUUAUCUUAUCUUAUAUAUGAGUAUAUAGACACAGAACAUUAAAUUUAAAUAUUAGAUAAGGGUCGUGUUCAAUUAAACCUUUUCGAUCGGAUGCUCAAAAGCCUCCCCCGCGUCUGCUCGCGAUAUACUCAAAGACUAGUGCACUGUUUUUCCAAUAGUGAAUUAGGAGUCGACGUCUACGGAUUUACCCGUAAGAAACUGGGAAUGGGCGCUAGUUCAAUAAAAUGCUCUUUUGUCUCUAUAACAGUAUGAUAGAGACAAUUGACUUGUUUGUUAAAACAAUGAAAGUAUACAUAUUUUUUUAAGCAUAAGAAAUAAAAAAAUAUGUCUGUCGGCAUUUUUUUAAAUACUGUAAUUAAACUUUCAACUUGAAUUCCUGUUAAAUUUAAUAGUCCGAUCAGAAAAGGUUUCUAAAAUAAAUUAUAUGUGAUUUAAAGUUGUUAUACCAAAGUAGUUUUGUAUUUUGUAUACGAAGAAUAUUAAUAAAUAAUAUAA